UCACCUAGGACAUAAGAGAGGGGACAGAAUUCCUACACGUUUCAGCUGAUCCUCUGUUGUUGUUGUUGUAGUGGUUUUGCAGCGGAUGAGUUGAAGACCGAGAGCAAGAGAGAGAGGGAGAGAUAAAGAGAGGAGUGAGAAGAAAAGGGCGAGAGAGAGAGAGAAGGAAAUCUGUAUUCAUGUAAGGAGUUUUGACAAGAAGACAACAGCCGUGUAUGAUAAUGGAUGCAGGUCAGCGUUUUGACCCCGAGCUUCCUGAAGAAACCAGAAGCACCAGCAACACAGAUAUCUCAAGUGUGAACCAACAUCCACCCUGCUUUCUAAACCUGCUGUUGGCGGUACAGCAGGUGUUUGUGCAGUGCUCUCUGCUGGUUCUGGUCCUUGGUGUGUUGCAGCAACAUCUACUGUUACAGGAUGGAGAGAGAGAGAGGUUACUGUCCUCCAUGUUGUUCUACUCCGCUCUCUCCACUCUGAUACAGAGCUGUCUGGGGACAUGCCUCCCUCUGGUCCAAGCUCCAUCUCUGGAAACCCUGAUCCCUGCUGUAGUCCUCACUGCCCAGAUUGUUACUGAACCGGCCUGCAGAGGGCACUGUGAGGAGAGUGAGGAGGACAUCCUGCCCAGAGCCAACCCAGUCAGAGAGCUCCAGGGUAUGACUGUGAUAGUGGGCAUGGUCCAGCUGGUUCUGGGUGUGACAGGUCUGAGUGGUGUGGUUCUGAGACACUGUGGUCCGCUGGUCAUAGCCCCUCUGUUGUGUCUACUGGGCUUCUCCAUCUACAGAGAGGCUGCUCUGCUCUGCUCAGACCACUGGGCCAUCGCUGCACUGACAGUCAUCCUCCUAGUGCUCCUGUCCCAGCAUCUACGCUCCUACAUGCUCCCAGCAUGCCUCAGCAUGCCUCAGCUGCCUGUCUGCAGGAUGCUCUCUUUGCUGCUUCCCCUACUGAGUGUGUGGGCUCUGUGUGAAGUCUUGGAGAGUGUUGGGGUUUUACGUCUCCGUUCUGUCUCCGAGCUGCUGCCGGCACUGAAGACGAGCAACACUUCCCUUCCCAAACCUUUACAGUCGGACCCCUUCACUGUGCCGUGGCUCAGUCCCCCUCUGGCAGCUGAGACAGGUCUACCCCUGCUGUCAGUUCGAGGCAUGGCGGCUGGUGUCGUUGCAGCCCUCUCCUCCUCUGUCAGUUCAGUGGGGAUGUACCUGCUAACGGCCCGGCUCCUGGGAGUCCCCCCUCCCCCCGCUGCAGCCUGUAACAGGGGCCUUGGGUCCCAGGGUCUUGGCAGUCUGGUGGCUGGCCUGAUGGGGGCGCCACUGGGGCUCAGCAGCAGUGUCCCCAACACCUGUACUCUUGGACUCAGCCAGUCUGGGUCCAGGUGGACAGUGCAACUGGCAGCCAUCUUGGGACUGGCCCUAGGAGUGUCGCCUCGACUGACACAGAUCAUCACUUCUGUCCCCUUGGCCAUCUACGGUGCUCUUCUCAGUGUAACGUACACUAUUGCCGUGGCUACAGGUGUGAGAUACUUCCAGUUCACACACAUCGACUCUGGACGUAACAUCUUCAACAUCGGCUUGGCUGUCUUCAUGUCUCUAGUGCUGCCUCACUGGUUCCUCAUGCAGACCGUCUUUAUUGACACUGGUAUGGUCAGUGUUGAUGUCCUUCUCCAUUCUCUUCUGACCUCACCUGUGCUCCUGGUGGGCAUCCUGGCUUUCCUAUUGGACAAUACAGUAUCGGGGUCUUCAUCGGAGAGAGGACUUGACUCAGCGGAGAUGGAGAAGACAGGAUGGACAUCAGUCAACAGUGAGCCAGGGUAUCACCAGGAAGUGGAGUUAAUUUACGAGUCCCCUUAUCUCCUGAGAAGACUGUGGAAGUUACCUUGGUUACGGACGGCCCCCUUCUCUGCCUGUAGGAUCACAGAUGAUGGAGACGUACUGUAGAGUCCCAUCGGAGGAUAGUAGGUCUCGUUUUAAAAAGUUAAAGUUGUGCGGUGUUGAUAUGUAAAGACAAGGGCGAUAGGCAUAAUAUGGUAUUAGCUAAUGAUGUCUAUACAAACAUAUAAUCGUGUAUAUGCCAUACUGUCUAUGAAAUGUACUGUGUGUCGACGUAGUUAGUGACCUGAACAGAGUUGACUUGUGAGAUAGUGGGGUUUGUAUUGGUGGAGUAUUGGCAUAGCUGCAGGAAGAUGGUUUGAGUUGGGGGUGUGCUUUUGCAUGAAUCUAUAAAUCACAUUUGCGUAGUGGCAGUUGAGCAUAAGUGUUUUAUGGGUUUCCGACACAUGGAAAUGCAGGGUAUAGUAUCAUUUAUUUUUUCUUUCAUUUUAUAAAUGCAUUUCAUACAAUUCUACGUAAUUUAAAUAAUAUAAGAUAUUAUAAUAUAUAUAUUUUUUAAACCAUACACACGACUGACAUGAGUGGCUACUCUGACUGACACACUGAGAUCAACAAAAAUGAACUGGACUUGAAUGCAAACAGUAGCCCAGGCCACUGAACAGAUUGUUGUGAGCCAGUUUCAUCACAGCGCUUGAUGGAUUUUUGCGACUGCACAUGAAGAAACUUUAAAAGUUCUUGAAAUUUUCCGGAUUGACUGACCUUCAUGUUGGACUGUCGUUUCUCUUUGCUUAUUUGAACUGUUCUUGCCAUAAUAUAUAGUUGGUAUUUUACCAAAUAGGGCCAUCUUCUGUAUACCACCCCUACCUUGUCACAACACAACUGAUGGGCUCAAAUGCAUUAAGGAGGAAAGAAAUUACACAAAUUCACUUUUAAUAAGGCACACCUGUUCCCGCUCCUCCUCCCUUGUGCUCGAGGGCGUGAGGCUACCCUUCUUUACACACACCUGUCCCCAUCAUUACGCACGCCUGUCACCAUCAUUACGCGCACCUGUCACCAUCAUUACGCGCACCUGUCACCAUCAUUACGCGCACCUGUCACCAUCAUUACGCGCACCAGCACUCAUCAGACUCACCUGGACUUCUUUACGUUGUUGAUUACCCCCUAUAUAUAUCUGUCUGUUCCUCGGUGGUGUUCCCUUGGUCCGAAUUAAUUGUUGUUAUGUGUUCCUGUCCAGACACUGUUCCUGUUCCGUUUCAUGUCCGUCAGCUAUUAAACCUUCACUCCCUGUACCUG